AUGUACAUUAAAUCUAUAGUGCUCGACGGUUUCAAAUCGUACGGAAACAGGGUCGAAGUGACUAGCUUCGAUCCAGAAUUCAAUGCUAUAACGGGUUUAAAUGGAACCGGCAAGUCUAAUAUUCUGGAUUCAAUAUGUUUUGUAUUAGGGAUAACAAAUUUGUCGAAUGUGAGAGCUGGAAGCCUGCAGGAGCUGAUUUAUAAACAUGGUCAGGCUGGUAUCACAAAGGCCACAGUUAGCAUAACUUUUGACAACAAAAAUAAACAGCAAAGCCCUAUCGGUUAUGAAAACCAUGAUGAAAUCACUGUCACCAGACAGGUGGUUAUGGGCGGUAAAAACAAGUAUUUGAUCAAUGGUAUCAAUGUACAAAACAAGCGAGUAUCAGAUUUAUUUUGUUCGGUUCAGCUCAAUGUCAACAAUCCUCACUUCCUUAUCAUGCAGGGUAGGAUCACCAAAGUCCUUAAUAUGAAACCACCAGAGAUAUUAUCAAUGGUGGAAGAAGCAGCAGGCACAAGAAUGUAUGAGACUAAAAAGCAAGGGGCUCAGAAAACUAUUGAAAAGAAAGAAGCCAAACUUAAUGAACUAAAUGAUAUAAUCCGUGAGGAUAUUGCACCUAAGCUGCAGAAAUUGCAAGAUGAACGCUCCCAGUUCCAAGAGUACCAGAAGGUAGUCAGAGAGCUGGAAAAUCUAACACGCCUUCAUGUUGCUUGGCAAUAUGUAACAGCCGAGCAGAAUGUAAAAGAAGCCAACAAGAAGGUGACUGAAGUAAAGAAUGAGAUAAACAACAAGAAUGAGCAAAUAGAAGGCAACAUUGCAAAGGCAAAGCAGAUUGAUGAUGAGGUCACUGAACUUAAUCGAAAACUGGACGAGGAGAGUGGCAACGUGUUGAAACAGUUUGAGAGCGAGUUGCACGCGGCUGAGAAAGCCGAUGCGACUGCUGCUGCAGCUCAUCGAGCAGCUAAAGAUGCCGUGACAGCCAUCGAAGCAAAGGCUAAGCUUUUAAGGCGGGCUCUCGCGGACGACAGCACGGCUUUGGCGGACAAACGAGCUGUGCUCGCACAGGCAUCUUCAACGUUUGAAAAUCUUCGUAGCGCUAGUGAAGCUCAAACAAAAGCCCUCGCAGAUGCGCAGGCUCAGUUUCUCGCCGUGAGCACGGGGCAGGAAGACGCUGCGGACUCGCUGCAGCAUCAGUUGAUGGCUGCCAAGCAAGAAUCAUCGGAGGCGUCAACCCGCAUCUGUCAAAGCAUGAUGGAGAAAAAACACGCGGAGGAACGUCUGAGGACCCUGGAGCGAGAGUUCAGCUCUAGCAGCGCGCAGCAUCAACGAGACCUUCACACCAUUAAUGACCAGCAGGCGGAAGUCGACCGUCUGCAGAGGCAAGUGGCAGAGAUGUGUUUUAACGAAACGCGCACAGGCGAGUUAAAGCAGAGGGCGCGUACGCUACAGGGCUCUCUGCGAGCUGCUCGCGACCGCACCGAUCAGCUCAGCUCGCGGCUGCAACGCUGCAACUUUCACUAUACGCCACCGCAGCCCAACUUCGACCCCGAUAGGGUUGCUGGACCGGUGUGUAGACUGAUUGACGUGGUGCAUAAUAAAUACUGUAUGGCGCUCGAGACUGCGGCCGGGGGCCGGUUAUACAACGUAGUGGUGGAUACGGACGUCACCAGUAAACUCUUGCUGCAGCGGGGCCAGCUGCAAACACGUACCACCAUCAUCCCUCUUAACAAGAUCUCGUCGCAUCGCCUCGACCCCGAGACCGUGCGCCUCGCCCAGCAGAUCGGAGGCGGCCCCGACAAAGUGCAGUUGGCUCUCGAUCUCGUGAAGUUUUCGCCGCGAGUGCGCGCCGCCAUGAAUUGGGUGUUCGGAAGUACGCUCGUAUGUGCAGACCUGGACACCGCCAAGCGGGUUACUUUUCACCCGCAGGUGCGCACGCGCUGCGUCACGCUCGAUGGUGACGUGUUCGAUCCUUCGGGAACACUUUCCGGAGGAGCAGCAGCCAAGGGUGGUUCUGUCCUGUUAAUGUUGAGCGAGCUAAAGGAAGUAGAGCAACAGCUCUUGGAGCUAGAAUCGGAGCACUCGCAGUGCAGCGCAGAGCUUACUUCCAUGCAAGCCGCUCAGGACAAGUACAACGCUCUUCAGCAAAAAUUAGAGAUGUCACGGCACGCGCUCGAGGUGGCUCGAACGCGUGUAGCCGCUACUGCGCACGCGCAGCUCCACGCCGAAAUCGAGUCUCUUAGGGAACAAGUGAAGGAGUUGAGCGCAGCACUGGAGCGAGACAAUAAGAUUCAAAACGAGGCGGCCUCCCGAGCCAAAGAACUCGAGACUAAGGUGAAAGAUAUCAAGGUAUACAGAGAGAGGGAGUACAAGAGAGCGGAACAAAAUCUAAAGAAAGCGAAACAGGAAGCAGAGAAACACAACGACCAGUGGAAGAGUCGAGAGCAGGAGUUCGAGGCCCUGCGUUUGGAGGUACAAGAAUUAGAAAAUGCCGUGACCGCUGCAGAGAAACAGUUGCAAGAGGCGACAGAAACGACCGCCGGCCUCGUCGAGUCUCUGCAGAGCGCCGAGCGAGAUCACAGCGACACUAUGGAGGCCGUGAAGCAGCUGCAAGGACGGAUUAAGAAGCAGAAGGCGGACAUCGCUAGUCGGAGCACCGAAGUCGCAAAACUUGCGCAAAAGAAAGAUAAGCUCGUGAAGGGUAACAGCGAGAUCGAGCUGAAAAUCAAAGAGCUGGAAUACAAGAUUAAGGAGCUCGAGACCGAGGCGGGCAACUGCGACAAACGGAUCAAGGCACUCGAGAAAGAGCACACUUGGAUCGCCGUUGAGAGGCAGUACUUCGGGGCCGCCGGGGGCCUCUACGACUUCAGCUCGCGCUCGGCCGACGUGACCGCGCAGAGCGUGGUUCAGCUGCGCGAGAGGCGCGAUCGACUCGCGAGAGGGCUCAACACCCGCGCCCACAUGCUGCUCGGCAGCGAGGAACAGCAGUACCAGGAGGUGCUGCGCAAGAAGCAGGUGGUCGAGCAGGACCGCAAGAAGCUCGUUGAGGUGAUGGCCGAGCUCGACGAGAAAAAGCGGCGCACCCUCGUGACCGCAUGCGAGCAAGUGAACCGCGACUUCGCGUCCAUAUUCAGCACGCUGCUACCGGGAGCGCAGGCGCAGCUGAGGCCGCCGCCCGGCGCGACGGUGCUCGACGGGCUCGAGGUGCGCGUCGGCUUCAACGGCACGUGGAAGGAGUCGCUGAGCGAGCUGAGCGGCGGCCAGAGGUCGCUGGUGGCGCUGUCGCUCGUGCUGGCGAUGCUGAUGUUCAAGCCGGCGCCGCUCUACAUCCUCGACGAGGUGGACGCAGCGCUAGAUCUCUCGCACACGCAAAACAUCGGCGUCAUGCUCAAGGAACACUUCGCGCACUCGCAGUUUGUAGUCGUGUCGCUCAAGGACGGCAUGUUCAACAACGCCAACGUGCUGUUCCGCACUCGCUUCGUCGACGGCAUGUCCUCGGUGCAGCGCACGGUCAACCAGCGCCGGUGA